AUGGGCAAAUUUCGGCAUCGCAUAGGGCCGUCACGCGGCACGAAACUUCAGCGUGGACACAUUAACGACAGCAACCCGGUGAAAAGACGGCAUCGUGAUGCCGCGAACUCGGCGCGACGGGCGGAGCUUGUGCCCCUCGUCCCCGUCGACGAGCUCGAGGACUACGGCCAAGAAGGCGAUGAAAAGAUGCUCGACGGCUUGAACAUGGACAGCAUGUCGUUGGGAAACCCAUUUCCCUCGAGCGCGGCGUCGAUGAUCUCUGAGGGCGGCAUGUCGAAGAUGACGCGCUACACGGGCUUCACGAGCUGCACGAACCAAACUUUCGCAGCGGUGCACCGCGUCUGGAAGUCCGGCUCGACCCUGCAGAAGGAGGUCCUGGCCGUUCUUUCCGCGGUGGCCGAGGUUAUUAAAGAAAAACAGGGCAACGAAUCGGACGUCGAGUAUUUUGGCGCGCUGCUGACGACGCUCGAGUCGACGCCAACCUCUGAAAUCGAUCGUUCCGCCGCGACAACUUAUCUGCUACAUUUGAUCGUGAAGAAGGUUUCCCGCGAAGUGCUCCAGCGGAAUUUCAGCGAAACGGUGAAGAUCCUCGCCCAGGCGCUGAUGCAGAUGACCGGCGACGAGCAAGAUGGCGUCGCCUGCAAAUUUCUGAUAAUGACGCUCGGCGUGGUGCUCCGAGCCCAGCCGAGCACCGUCUGGCUGAUACAAGGAAAUCGCGACCUCGUGAUGCUCAUAGCGUCGUUCUGCACCCAUUCAAAGCCUCGUGUGCGAACCGUCGCUCGUCGGGUGGUCAGGGGUCUACUCACCGAUCCCGUUUCGGCCGUGGACAAUGGUUUGCACGCUGCGGCUGGCCAGGUCGGGGAAUAUGUUGACGAGCAAAUUCGGGCCUGCUUAGACAGCAAACAAGACUCGGCCGACCUGAUCCGCUACUUCUGCCUUCUCGAGGGCAUCAUGCACAAGAUGCCGGCCCGGAUCUUCAAACAGCUCGCGGAGGGCAUUUUGAAAAGUGUGGCACUGGCCAACUCGCAGGUGAAAUGCGCGGCCCUGCAAUGCCUCUACCGAGCCCUGCUACAACAGCCAUCCGAGGCGGCACUCUCCGUGGAAAUCAACGCGCUUUUGAUAUCCUCCCUGCGCUCGCUGGCCCCAUCGCCGUCUGAUGCGCCCGUUUGCGCUUUCUGGCUGCAGGCUCUCGUCGAAGCGCACGUAUGUCUGACUUGCAAGGACAAGCGCCGAUCGUGUGAAUUGAUGCCCGAGACGCUCGAGGAGAUCACCAAGGCCUUCCAAGUGGCCAACAACGAGCUGUGCCAGGUUAUCGUCCAGGUGCUCAACCGCGUCAUCGAGCGCUGUAUCGAAGACGAGACCGAGGCGGCGCGGAAGUUGCUCGCCCUGCUGGAAGCGUCACUGACUGGCUUCUCGGCCACGAUCUGGAAGUACAUCUUCAAGUCGAUGACGUACCUUUUCCAGAUUGCCGGCCCGGCGCUGUGCGCUGACGAAUUGGUGAGGACCCUGCGCACCCUGGCUCGAUUGCGCGAAGAAGAUGGGUGCAGCUGCAAGCAAGAGAUCGAUUUUGCCAUCGGUGCCGCCGUGCGCUACAUUGGCGUGCAGCACGUCGUGCAAGUAUUACCCCUGCAGAUCGACCCCGACGCCCCCGUGCUGCCGCUCGACUUUAGAAGGUCUUGGCUGCUGCCGGUUUUCCGCGUCAACAUCCGCAACGCACCGCUGGAAAUCUUCAUAAAAUACUUCAUGCCGUUGGCGACCAAAUUGUACAGGAGACUCGACUCGUUGGAGAAGGUGACGGCCAAGGCGUACCACAUCAUCCAAGCGCAGCUCUGGGACUUGCUCCCCGCAUUCACCGGGUCGGCGUCGGAUUUCGAGACUGGUUUCCCGCAUAUUGCACAGAUGCUUGGCGUUGCCCUGAACGAGCGCAAGGACCUGCGAAGCACGCUUCUGACGGGCAUUCGCUCGGCGCUUUCGAUUCGCCUUGGCGCCGGAUGCACCGGAAAGUCGACGCGAAGUAAUGUCAAGGUGAUUUUUGCGCGUAUUCGUGACGCAGAACUUUUCAGAUUCGCCAAGAACUACUUGCCGAUCCUCUUCAACAUGUACGUGAACGACGGCGAGGUCGACGAUGGACAUGAAGCGCAGGCCGUUCGGCUGUCCGCCCUCUCCGCCAUCCAGGCCUACGUCGAGGCGGCCCCACAAGAGCUCUUGGCCCAAUACACGCGAAGUGCCAUCCAGCGAUUCGAUGCUUCGCGUGAAGUCUCGAUGGACGCCUCUGACGUGGAGAAAAAGAAGGAGCAGCACAAGCAGAAGGACGUCCGGAAGCGCAUUGUCGACAUCAUGAUCGCCAUGGUCAAGACGGCGUCACCCGCGGAAAUCCAAGAGAUCUUUGCGCUCGUCACCCCGUUCUUCGACAAGCCAAAGGAUGGGCCCAUGCAAAAGAAAGCGUACCGUGUCCUGGUGGAAGUGCUGAAGCGACGAUGUGAACCCGACGUCGCGCAACUUUUCGCCGAUGACCAGCAGAGGUUACUGGCGACUCUGUUGAAAUCAAGUGACGCGGUGGCCGGUCCCGCCCGCUCUUCUCACCAAGAGGCUGUCGAUGCCGUCCUCUCGUCCACCGAUUCCUACGUAGAGUUGCAGCAGUUUGUGCAAGCCGCCCUGCCGCUGACGGUCCAAUGCCUCGAGAAAUCGAAUUCGAUGCCGACUCGUGAGAGCGCCUCGAAAUGCUUCCAGCACAUGUGCUUGCGGCUGAUCGAGCGGGGAGCCGAGGAAGACAAGCGGCCCACCGAGGUGCUGUACACGGUGAUCAACGCCAUCUACGCGUUGCUGACCCCGAAGGCUGGCCAGCCUGCCAUCUCCCUGGAAACAACCCGCGCUUGCCUGGUGGCGCUCAACAUCAUCGCGCAGAAGCAUAUCAAGCUCUUGGACGGCUCGAAUUUGGCGCGUCUGGUGGCCCAGGGAUGCACAGCCAUUGCCGACAGCCGACCGACGGUCCGCGUCCUCGGCAUCCGCCUGGUGCGCAUUCUCGUCGUCAAGAUGCCGCCGGAAAUCGCGCUCCACCAACAUCGCGAACCAAUUCUUCAAGCGUUCUUCGCCCAAGAUUGCGACACGGCGACCACCCAGAUCCGGAAAGCCAACAAAAUUCUGCUCGACGUCGUCCUCGACAAGUUUGGGCAAAUGGUCGUCGAGAAGUACGCCACAGACCGGAUCGACUGGCAGAAGCAGAUCAAGGCGCUGGCGAAGGCGAAGCGAAGGAAGGCGCGCAAGGCCGAGGGCGGAGAGGACGAAAAUGAUUCCGGGGACGACGAUGGGCGAUCGGUGGCCGGCUCGCAAGUGUCCGCCAAGACCGCCGGCGCCGACACGAUUUUGCAGCUGCUUGAAGACAGUGAUGAGGAAGAUGAGGUCGACAAGGAGGAGAUGAUGGAACGACGCUCGCGCACCGGCAGCGUCUGGCUUCGCGAGGACGCUGACGAGGUCAACGACCUGCUGGACAGGAACAUGCUGCUCAACAAGGUGUCCACCGUCGACCCGUCACUGGUGGCCAAGCGGGAGGCCCGGAUGGCCGCGCGCAAGAAGGAUAAGUGCGGAUUCGCCGUGACGAAGGAUGGCAAGCUGAUCAUCGAUGACGAGAGUGACGACGAAAAGCCCAAGAAGAAAAAGAAGACUGAAAACGUCAAUUCUGAUGACAUCGCCGACGUGAUCGGCUCGAAGAAGGGCUCGACGAAGUCAAGGAAAGCCGGCUCGGACGAUGAGAGCGACGACAACGAGGAGGAAGAUGACAAGAAGUCGAGGGUGUCGCGCGUCUCUCGGGUCUCCGGCGUCUCGCGCAAGAGCACCACUUCUGGAUACAAGCCCGGCGGCACCGGCAUUCACAGGGAUUUGACUCGGCCUAUUGCUAAGGCGGCCCGUCGACAGAACAAGGCCGGCGGUGACGUGAAGGCGAAGGGCAAGGCGCUCGAGCCGUACGCCUACGUGCCGUUGAAGAAGCUGGGCAAGAAGGGCGCCGCCGGUGCAGCUCAAGAGGAAAUCCGUCGGAUGACCGGUCGCAAGCGGAAGAUGCGGAAG